AUCCUCCUCCUCCUUCUCGAGCAACAACACCAACACACAAAAUCCUCCUCCUCCUCUAGCAACAACACCAACACACCAAAUCCUCCUCCUGGACCUGGAGCAACAACACCAACACACAAAAUCCUCCUCCUGGACCUGGAGCAACAGCACCAAAUCCUCCUCCAUCUCGACAAGACUCUCCACGCAUCCCACCUCCAUGUGCAUGGCCUUCAGGCUCUACAUGAGCUUGAUAGGCUCGGUACACGACGGUGUGGUCUGUGGAAACUCGUCGACAAGAUCGCGACGCCCUCGCCUUGAGUUCCAAAAAACUCGAUUUGUUUCACCGAUACAAUCCUUUUCCGUCGUUUGAUUCAUUACAAAUCUUAUUUGUUGGAUUUGUCUAAUUCCUUCCUUGUUCAAACCAAAAGAUGCACCGUUAGUUAUUUCUUAAGAUCCGUUUUUUGCGGGUUUGACCCAUUUAGUAUUUAUUUUUUUACAUCUUUCGGCUCUUCGAAAUAUGCUAUAUUCAAUUUUUUUUGAUAACAGAAAUAUGCUACAUUACUUUUUCCUUUUUCAAGUCGUAUUGAAGACAGACAGUUGAAUCAAAGGGCUGUGUAAUUGCAAAAAUGUGAUCAGGGCUGUGUAAUUGCAAAAUGUGAUCGUUGCUACAACUCCACUUAAGAAAUAACUUUGGGACACGUCUAUGGGCCGAUUUGCGUCCUACAGUACUACUUCUAUGGAUUGCGCGUCAACCCAACCAAAAACUUGGGUAAACGGCUUCGGGCCAAUUGGGCUCAUCACUCUGUUACGCAGCCCACCUCUGGUCGCCCAGUAUAUAACAAAACACCGAGUGAAAUGCUAACCCUAAAAUCCUGUCCACAUCCCGACGGCAGCCUCUCUCUCCGGGACCGACAAUGGCGGCCGCGCGCCUCGCCGGCAACGCCAAGGUCUUGCUGCCCGCCAAGAUCCGGCAGCUACAGACCCUGGUAUACGUUGGGACUACCAACUCCAAGGAUCAGUCAACGCUUCUUGCCAGCUUGUUUACAGAUGAUGAUUCCAGGGUGGGUCGGAUUCUCGCGUCCGAGGUGAUGCGCCUUCGAAAUGCUGCCAGCCACCGCCAAGAUUACAGCUGCAGCACGUCCCGCAAUCACAUGGAUCUCUGCGCUCAGGUCGCUGAUGAUGAACAGCCCACCCAAGAUCCAUCCAGCAUCAAAGAAGAUCUCAAGGUCGUUGCGCAGAGGGGUCAGUGCUCUGGAUGGAGGAUUGACUUUCCUACAUUCUGGAGUCAGCGUGAAGGUUAUGAUAAUAAAAAAGCAAAUGAAGUUCUUGAUGGCCAGAAACGCGCCAAGCGUCACGCUGAGGAAGCUGCUGCUCGCUUUCGGGACAAUCACCGCUUUGACCAGCUGGAGGGUGUGGUUAACAAAGGUUUUAAACAUGUCCUGGAUGAAUUGAAGCCGGUCAAGAGGGAUUUAGCUUCGGUAAGGCACGUGAUCGACCUGGAGAACCAAGAAGCCAAAGAGUACCGGAUGAAAUUUGACACUGUGAAGGCCAGUGUAGACUUUCUGAGGAAGCAAGAAGAGAUUAGGGCAGAGGCUGCUCUGAAAGAUAAGCUCUGGAUUUACCGUAUGAUUGACCUAUCAGUGACCAAGCUGCCAUGGGGAUUACCUAUCUUUGUGAAAGUUUCCUGCGACGUCUAUGCAAACGUCUUAGCUGUUUAUCCCGUUGCUUUUGGAACUUAUCUUUACCUACGUUACUCAAUCAAUCCUGUGGUUUACUUUGAGCUCUCUUUUCUAUACCAUGAUGAGAUGAUGGAGCCUUACGUCAAGAAGAUCGAGCAGUUACAACUGCGGGGGAUUUCUUAGGCUCGAGUAAGCAUGAAGAGGAUCAGCCCCAGACUUAAGCAAGCUUGCAGAGAUCAGCACUAGAAGUCGCAUAGUACUUUAAUUGGUUGAUGUAAUAAUUCCUGAUGUACUGAGUUCUGCAAUACUUCUUGGAUUUGUGCUGUUUGUGCUGGUCGUACUCAUCCGCAAGUUUGACUUUAUGUAAUUGAAUGUCUAGGCAAGUCUUCUGGAGUUACUUUUGAUGGCCUAUGUGAAGCUCUUCACGCAAGUCUUCUGGAGCUACUUCUGAUUA